AGGCACAAGAUGGGCUCUAAGUACCCACGGUCCCUCCGAUGCUGCCUGCCCCUGUGGGCCUUUGUGCUACAGGUGGCUUUCAUUCUUCUCUUCUUUUUCAUCUCCUAUGACACCCCCCGAGUGGAUCAGAAGUUAAUGGAGACCUAUCAAGUCUUUCAGGAUUUGACCCUUAUGUCAGCCUUGGGCUUCGGCUUCCUUUCCUCAUCUUUCCGGAGACACAGCUGGAGCAGUGUGGCCUUUAACCUCUUCAUCUUGGCCCUUGGGGUGCAGGGGUCGAUCUUGCUGGAGCGCUUCCUGAGCUGGCCUUUCCUACAGGAUGUGGCCAUCAAUCUGUUCAGCAUCCGGACGGCUACCUUGAGCACAAUACCUGUGCUCAUCUCAGCGGGCGCUGUCCUUGGGAAGGCCAACUUGGUGCAGCUGGCUGCAAUGGUGCUGAUGGAAGCUGCAGCCUUCAGAGCCGUCCGGCUUAUUGACAAGAAGGUCUUCCACAUGGAAGACCACAUAAUCGCGAUGCAUGGGCAUGUGUUUGGGGCCUAUUUCGGACUCCUUGUGGCCUGGUGCCUCUCCAGGUCCCUGCCCAGGGGAAUGGGUGAGAAAGCCCAGACAGAGAAGGUUCAGAUGGCCACAAGCUCCAGUCUGUUUGCCAUGCUGGGCACCUUCCUCUUGUGGAUCUUCUGGCCCAGUUUCAACUCUGCUCUGCUGGAAUGGCCAAAUGAGAAGAGGACCGCAGUGCUCAACACCUACUAUGCCCUUGCCGUCAGCGCAGUGACAGCCACCUCCAUGUCAGCCCUGAGCCACCCCCAGGGGAAGAUCAACAUGGUUCACAUCCACAACGCAGUGCUGGCGGGAGGUGUAGCUGUGGGUGCCCCGUGUUUCCUGAUCACUUCUCCCUGGAUUGCCAUGGUGCUGGGCCUCACAGCGGGAUUGAUCUCCAUUGGGGGAGCCAAGUGUCUGCCGGUGUGUUUGAACCACAUGCUGAAGAUCCAGAAGCACGGUGGGAUCCAUUAUACCUUCGGCUUGCCGGGUCUGCUCGGAGCAGUCACCUACAUUCUGCUGAUACAUAUUAAUAACUACAGUAUAGCCCAGGUUACCAACCAGAUGAUCACAGACUUUGGGGCUCUCAGCUUUGCUCUGGCGGUGGGAAUGGUGUCUGGACUCCUAACAGGUUGGCUCCUAAACAUCAAAAUAUGGAGGGCUCCCCACGCCAGCAAGUACUUUGAUGAUCAGGCCUUCUGGGAGUUCCCUCACUUGGCUGUUGGGUUUUAAGCAGAAACAUCUGAGAAUGAGGCCGAGCGUGGAGCUGCCCCUCUCCGUGCGUUCCCUUCGUGCUGGCAACAUGUGUUACAAGGAGGUCUUCCAAGUGGUGAUUUAAGUUUAAACAAUAUGUCUGGUUUCGUGACAGAUACCGUCAAUACUGUUGGCUGCAGACACCUCAUUAAAGUUCUGGUCCAUU